UCCGGCUCUGCUGCCUUCCCCCAAAUCCAAUUACACCGCCGGCCCGGCCAUCCAUCCGUCCGUCUCCUCCCCUUCCUUCCUUCCUUCCUCUUUAAAGCUGCGAGCUUUCCGUUCCCAUCUCAAUCACCGGCGGCCGAUUUCAUCCACCCCAACUCCGGCCGCCGUGUGCGCCGUAGCGGUAGCUAGAUCGAGGAGGAGGAGGAAUUGGAGGGAGGAUGGGGCGCGGGAAGGUGCAGCUGAAGAGGAUAGAGAACAAGAUAAACCGGCAGGUGACCUUCAGCAAGCGCCGGAAUGGGCUCCUCAAGAAGGCGCACGAGAUCUCCGUCCUCUGCGACGCCGAGGUCGCCGUCGUCGUCUUCUCCCCCAAGGGCAAGCUCUACGAGUACGCCACCGACUCCAGCAUGGACAAGAUUCUUGAACGUUACGAGCGCUACUCGUAUGCUGAAAAGGCUCUUAUUUCAGCUGAAUCUGAAAGCGAGGGAAACUGGUGCCACGAAUACAGGAAACUGAAGGCCAAGAUUGAGACGAUACAAAAAUGUCACAAGCACCUCAUGGGAGAGGAUCUUGAUUCUCUGAACCUCAAAGAGCUCCAACAGCUUGAGCAGCAGCUGGAGAGUUCAUUGAAGCACAUCAGAUCAAGAAAGAGCCAUCUUAUGAUGGAAUCCAUUUCUGAGCUACAAAAGAAGGAGAGGUCACUGCAGGAGGAGAACAAGGCUCUACAGAAGGAGCUGGUGGAGAGGCAGAAGGCAGCCAGCAGGCAGCAACAGCAGCAGCAGCAGCAGCAGCAAGUGCAGUGGGAACAGCACGCCCACACCCAAGCCCAAGCCCAUGCUCAAGCUCAAGCCCAAACCCAAGCCCAAGCCCAGACCAGCUCAUCAUCUUCCUCCUUCAUGAUGAGGGAUCAUCAGCAGGCACGUGUCCCUCAACAGAACAUCUGCUAUCCGCCGGCGACAAUGGGCGGGGAGUCGUCGUCGGUGGCAGCGCCAGGGCAGGGUCAGAUUCGCAUCGGAGGGCUGCCGCCAUGGAUGCUGAGCCACCUCAACGCUUGAUCGAUCGAUGAGGUGUAUCGAAGAGGGAUCGAUUGCCAAAGCAGCUAUCUGCAAGUGCAUUAGUCACACACUCUAGCAAAUUAAGCUGCAAUUAAUGAUUAUGUUUGCUUUUGCCCCACCUCCCUACCCUUAUAUAUAUGAUUUGCAAGAAAAAGAUGAGCAGAUAUAUAUCAAUCGAUCAGGGACAUGCUGGUGUACGUAGCUGUAUAAUUUUGUUGCAAUGUUCAGCAGUACACUUACCGAGAUUGAUAUGAUGAUGCAAAAAACAUGCAUGCAUGAAUUAGUAUCCAUGUAUGCAACCAGUUAUCUUAAGCAUGGUGUGGCUAGCUUGGUUUAAUUAUGGAAAAGCUAGGAUAUUCAUGCAUGAUAAUGUGUAUAUAUAAUAUUUUUAUAUUUUAUUAGAAAACAAAUGGGUAAGUGAA